UCCUCUUGCUUACAGGGACGGGGAGGGUAAAAGUUAAGUUGGAGUCAGCUCUCAGCCAUUGUUCUUGUUCUGGAAACUUUGGGAUCGGGACAGGACGGCGCUGGUCGGGUACCGGACGGCGGUCUGUCGUUAUGACGGGCUCCUGUCCGAAGCUCGGUGUCCUGCUGUUGGUGGCGGUUCUGCUGCAGACAGUGGUCGUCACCAUCACCGUGCUGCACUUCACUACAGCUCUCAACUCGAUGAAAGAGACUUUUGCCCGGAGCAGCGUUUCCUGUUUGACGGGCUCAGAUCUGCAAAGCAUCACGGCUGUGCGAGGAGAUCCAUGUUGGCAGGUCACUCAGCAGCUUCACCUGCUCAUCGAGAAGUCGCUGUCUCAGCGUUACCAAAGGCAGAUUUCUUCUGCAGUGAAAGAUGAAGUAUCUUGGGUGCUGCCCUCACUUGUGAUGGAGGACAAUGCUUCGGCUCGCCUCAAAGUUGCAGCUCAUGUCACAGGCAGUUUUAUGCCCAAACUGGUGCGAGAAGAAGCUCCGGUCUACGCUGGGCGACGAGUUCAAGGCCAGAAGAUCUCUUGGUGGGAGGGCCAUAAGGAGCCGGCAUUCCUCCAGGAUGUCCAGCUGGUGGACGGGGAGCUGGUGGUGUCACAGCCUGGCCUUUACUACAUCUACGCUCAGACCUACUUCAGACACGCCCACUCCCUGGAGGAGGAGGGCGAGGAGGCAGAGGACAGGGGGAAACCCCUGCUGCAGUAUGUCUACAAAAAGGUAAGCUCCUACCCAGUCCCUAUCCUGCUGAUGAAGACGAGCCGGACUUCUUGCUGGUCCCGGGGUUCAGAUUACUCUCUCCAUUCUGCCCACCAGGGGGGGCUGUUCCCACUCAGCGCAGGCGACCGUCUUUUUGUCACUGUGACCAACGCCUCUGCUGUGGACAUGAAUGAGAUGAGCAGCUUCUUUGGGGCAUUUCUCAUCAGUUAGAGGCUCACAGGCAGGACUCGGGAUCGGAAGUCAGUGUGACGAAAUCUUCCAAGAGGUGCAACAUGUUUUUUGUGGAAUGCGUCUACUUGGAAAAACUUCAAACUGCUGCAACAUCUAAACUUUAUGGGAAAGUCUGUCCCUGUAUAUAUAUCCCAAACUCAAAACCAUUGACAACACUGGUUGGAGACAAGACAUAUGAGAGCUAAUCACACUCAGCAAACAUCUCUACAUGAGUGCAUAAAAAUAAGAAUGGAUUUGAAAGAGGUCACAGUUUUCAUCACACAAAUAUUCUCAAAUUUAACUUAACUUUUCUGGGCUUAAAUCAUUUAAAGUUUUACCUUAUUGUAAAGACGACUAAUUAGGCUUUUUUUUUUUUUACAAUAUGUAAUACAACACCAGCUAGUAUUAAAGGGUAGAAAUGAUCAGCCCAACACAAAUGUCCUUACUUUUUGUGCUAAUUUUUUUGCUUAGUAAAGCCUGAAAGUAUUUGAGCAUAAAACCCUGAAAUUAACAAAGAGAAGACAGUUGAAGCAUCACAUUUUAAAUCAAGCCUUAGAUUCCAACAAAUGCAUAGCAGUUUGUUAUCUACAAGGAGCUGUGAUUAAAUCAUUUAAGGGUUCGUGUGCCCAUCUCAGACAACACAUAUUACACUGUAAAAACUGAAUUUGUCAGUCACGUGUUUGCAUUAAACCUGUGACUAUUUGAAUCCAUUUACAGAAAAGUUGGGGAUAGCGAUGGAUGUACAUAUUGUUCUAUAGGUUUUUUUUAUUUGAAUUUUCUGAGAAGCCUUCAGCUAUGAGGUCUGGAGCUUAAUUUUCUGUCACAUGAUUAAUAUAACUGGUGGAAGUUUGAGCAUAGAGACAGUUUAUAGUCAUGCUUUUGGCUGCAUUUGUUCACAACCGGAUUUCAAGAUUAACUUUGUCUCCUCCUUCAUGAGUUUUAGAGUAAAAUUUAAAACAACUGGUGUUCAAGUCAGACUUAGCGGUGUGUUUUUGUUGGCAGCAGCAGUGCAGUCUCUCUCUCUGCUGCCGGUCUUCGAGUGCUUUGGCGUAUUCGCUACAGAAUCUCUCCAAGUGAUGUAUUUAACACUCCCUAACGGUUGGUAUUCAUGUAGUGUUAGAUUAACUGCAGAUGGAUCUUGCAGACUUGGAAAAACAGUCAUUCAUGUCAGCAUCCAAACAGCAGAAAUAUGUAUUUCUUGUCUUAGAAGUGCUGCUGUCAUCCGUAUGGUGUGAUGAAUUGUUUCAGAGAACACUAAAGUAAAUCCACAGAUAAUACACUUGGAAACAAGGCAAAAAUGACGAGUUACACAGGAGUUUUUAUAAGAAGUUGUAUUUGUGAAUGAAACUGACUUAGUUUGAAUAUUUGUUUUCAUAAAAUCACUUUACAUGAUUAAGUGUUUAUAUAUGAUCUCUUAUCACCUACAUACUAGAUUUUGGCUCAUUGUUUACAAAAAAAUAAGUUUGAGAGGAUUUUUUAGUGAUUUAUUUGAUCCUUUUAAUGCCCUAAAAAAUUUAAAAUGUGAGCUGAUGCAGAACAAGACCACAAGAGCUGAGCCAAUCAGAUCACACUAGGCUACUCUGGAGGGUGAGGUUGUGUUUUAUAAUAAAGAAGCUAAUAACACUCAGCUAACGGUUUCGUGGAGAAUUUAAGCAACUUUCAGCCACAUCGUUGGACCAACUUCAGCGAAUGGAGGUGCAUUACGUGACAAUGAAGUCUCACAUCAAAGUAACAUGAAGGCAACUCAUCCAUCAUAACAAAAAACAGCACAAAGAGACUUUAUCAGCUAAUGGAGGCCACAAGAUGCUGCUGAAACCUGUUCUUGUUCUCAAGAAUCCUUAAAGCAUUGAUGACACAAAUAUAUGUGUCACUGUAGCUCUGUUAUAAGACAUCACUGUUUAUCAUUAAUUUGUCUUUUUUCUUUUCUUUUAUCCUGGGACCAAACAUGAUGUUAAAUGAAUGUGAUGCGUUAAAGUUUAAUGUGAUUAUGGAUAAAUCUGUCAUUCUUCUUUAAAACAUUGGAUCAGACUGAGACACCGAUGUGAGUUCAGCCUGCAACUUUUAACUUUUCCGAACAGACAGUGUCCACCUGCAGUGACUUUUCAUUAUCUGGUAGAGCUGAAGACAUGAAGGGCAUCAAAAAGACACAACUGCUCACAAAUCAGGUUAUUUCAAUUUUGAGAAAUUGAAUUGUCAAGGCAGAAAAGAGCGGUUUCAUGUUUCCAACAAAUUCUGACUCACUCUACCAUCUGAAUGUGAAUGUAAAUAAAACCUUUUUGAAUGUGUAAAUGUGUGAAAUAAAGACACUGUAAAAGAA